AUGGCUCCUACUUUCAAGAAUCCAGAUCUUAUCAAGACCAAGCCUUUCAUUAACGGCGAAUGGUUUGAAUCCAAAUCCUCCAAAUCCUUUUCGGUCUUCGAUCCUGCUACCGGCGAAAAAAUUGCCGAGUUGCCUGAUCAGACCCCAGAAGAAAUAGACUAUGCCAUCCAAGUAAGCGAAGAUGCCUACCGCAAGUACAAGCUCACAUCUACUUACGACCGUUCGAAAUGGUCUAGAAACUUGUACAAUCUUAUCAUGGAGAACGUUGAUGAUUUGGCCAAAAUCAUCACCUGGGAAAAUGGAAAAUGUUUAACCGAUGCUACCGGUGAAAUCAAGUAUGCAGCUUCCUACUUUGAAUGGUUUGCUGAAGAAGCAAAGAGAAACUACGGGCACACAAUUCAGCCAUCGAAUCAAAACAAUAAGGUCAUCACCUACAAGCAGCCAGUUGGUGUUGUUGGUUUGCUUUGUCCAUUCAAUUUCCCAUCUGCCAUGGGUGCUCGUAAGGCUGCUCCAGCCCUUGCUGCUGGUUGUACUGCUAUUCUUAAGCCAGACGCCCAAACUCCACUUUCUUCUUUAGCUCUUGCUUAUUUGGCUGAUAAAGCUGGUUUCCCUAAAGGAGUAUUUAAUGUUGUCUUGGUUUCUGCUGAAAGCACCCCUACGUGCGGCUUGAAGUUCUGUGAAUCCAAGGUCAUCAAGAAAAUCAGUUUUACCGGCUCUACUCCUGUUGGUAAGUUGUUAAUGAAGCAGUCUUCUUCCACAUUGAAAAAGUUGUCUAUGGAAUUGGGUGGUAAUGCUCCUGUUAUCGUCUUUGAUGAUGCCAAGUUGGACAUCGCUGUAGAACAGGCUGUUGCUUCCAAGUUCAGAUCAUUGGGCCAAACCUGUGUGUGUGCCAAUCGUAUCUAUAUUCAGCUGGGAGUAUACAACGAAUUCUGCCGUAAGUUCGUUGAAAAGGUCAAGAACUUCAAGAUCGGUAAUGGUUUCGAACCAGGUGUCACCCAUGCGUGCUUGAUCAACGAACGCUCUAUCACCAAAGUCGAAGAUCAUUUGCAAGAUGCCAUCCAAAAGGGUGCUAAAGUACUUCUUAAAGGAGGAAGACUUCCUGAGUUGGGUCCAUUGUUUUACGCUCCCUCUGUAGUUUGCGAUGUUACCCAAGACAUGAGAGUCAUUAACGAGGAAACAUUUGGACCUUUGGCUGCUUUGGUUAAGUUCGACACGAAAGAAGAGGUCUUGCAUUGGUGUAAUGAUACUCCAUUUGGAUUGGCUUCGUACGUUUUCUCUGAAAGUUUGAACAACAUCUGGUAUAUGUCUGAAUACUUGGAAUCAGGAAUGGUUUCUGUGAACACUGGUAUCUUCACUGAUGCCGCUAUGCCUUUUGGAGGUGUUAAGGAAUCAGGAUUCGGAAGAGAAGGAUCUCUCUACGGUAUGGACGAUUACACUGUGGUGAAAUCUAUUACCUUGGGUAAUGUCUACCAUCAUGACUAA